GCGUCACGUGUUUCCGCCCAGGCAGGGAGAUUGUCGAUACUGCAGUUGUUGUGGUGCAGUAAUGUCAAAGAUUUGUAUAACUAAACAUUCUGUUGUAAUGUUAUCCCUUUGGUGACUACUGCGGAUGGCUGUGUGUGCCAGGCUCUGCGGAGUGGGUCAGUCUCGGAGGUGCAGGCGGCGUCAGCGGCAUAAUCAACAGGAUCAGGGAAGCGACUCCGAUAUGGACGAGGAGGAAGGGGAGCGGAUUGUGGGUGAGACACAAUCCGUCACCGGCGGUCCUGAAAACUCUGCUGCGGCAGGGCCGAGUGUGGCCCAUGAAGCCGCUGCUGAAGCCACUGCUGACAGUGCAAGCACCGUGCCACCGAACCCGCAGUCCCUGUUGGAUCUGCCCCCAGAGAUUUUAGUGGAAGUAUUCUCAUCUCUCCCGGGCACGGAGUUACCAAACCUGGCCCUCGUCUGCAAGAAAUUCAGGCAAAUUCUCAACACGGAAACCAUCUGGAGAAGGCGAUGCACGGAGGAGUUUGGAAUGAGGGAGGACCUGCGCAAGAUGGAGGUGGUGGGUGUGUCCAGUCGGGAGCUCUAUGCCAAACGUGUGAACCCUCGGGUGAAGUCUGGCCGCUUUAUGAAGCUCCUACCGGACUACGAGCACAUGGACUACAGGGACGUGUACAGGCACUUGCUGCACCCAUACAGACACAUCCUGGGUCUUUGGCAGCCUGACAUAGGCCCGUACGGAGGGCUGCUCAACGUGGUGGUUGACGGGCUGUUCAUCAUUGGCUGGAUGUACCUGCCCCCCCACGACCCUCGGGUCGAGGAUCCCAUGAGGAGGCGGCCACUCUUCCGCAUCCACAUGUGGGAGAGCAACAAGGUGGCGGUAGAGUGCAUGUACGGACACAAGGGCCCUCACAAGGGGGACAUCCAAACUGGGAAGAAGGAUGAGUUCUCGACUAAGUGCAACCAGACAGAUCAUCACCGCAUGCCAGGGGGGAGGCAGGAGGAGUUCCGCACAUGGCUGGAGGAGGAGUGGGGGAGGACACUGGAGGACAUCUUCCAUGAGCAUAUGCAGGAGCUCAUUCUUAUGAAGUUCAUCUACACAAGCCAAUACGAUAACUGCCUGACGUACCGGCGGAUCUACCUCCCCCCCCGGAUGCCCUCGGACCUGCUGCAGCCGGGCCUGUUUAAAGGCACCUAUGGCAGCCACGGCCUGGAGAUCGUCAUGCUCAGCUUUCAUGGGCCCUGCGCCAGGGCCACCAAGCUUACUGGGGACCCCAAUGUCCCAGCAGGCCAGCUAACGCUUGACGUGGACCUGAACCGGCCUGUGUGCCUGCCGGAUCUGGUGCACCAGCGCAGCAUAGAAGAGCUGUCUCGCCUGGUGCUGGGGAUGCACGAGGAGGCGCAGCGGGAGGUGCAGAACCCAGACGUGGCCCCCCAGGGAGCUGCUUCAGAGGGGGCUGUGGCUGGUGGUGCUGGGGCAGCGGGGCUGGAGUCGGCUAUGGAAGCCCAGUCAGAGAGCCCCCAGCCUGGGCCCAGUAGCAGCAGUGCUUCCUCAGAGGCCCAGCCUUUCGUCCUGCCUCUGGGGGUCAUGACCCGCAAUGAGGUUUACCCCCGAACCUGCAAGAUGUGCUUCUACGGAACAGGCCUGAUUGCAGGCCACGGCUUCACAAGUCCGGAGCGCACACCGGGCCUGUUUGUCCUGUUCGACGAAGACCACUUCGGCUUCAUCUGGCUAGAGCUCAAGUCGUUCAGCCUUUACAGCCGCCUGACGGACCGGCUGGCCCACGCCUAUGCCCCCGACAUGGAGCGCUUUGAGGCCAUGCUGCGCAACAUGCAGUCCUGGACAUCCUGAUGGGGCAGACAGAUACAGGCUUACCUAGACCCCGUACACACAUCCCGAGUGUUGACCACACCUGGAAAACAUUUGGGAACCUAGUUGUAACCUAUAACUAAGGCCCGUUGUUUUUUCCUGAUCAGGUUAUGUGGUUAGGCAAAACUCCAGGUCUUAGUUAUCACUCAUGUAUGUAUAUCUUUCCCCUAUAGAACCCUGAAAUGCUUACACACAGAAAAGCCCCAUAUAUACUACUCCUGUAGAAUCUCUCUCUACUGUACACAGCUUCACAAUCCAAAAUCACCUCUACACUGUCCCACACAUUUCUGGCCCUGGCCAGAAACAACCUUUUGCCCUACCCCCUAGGCACCUGAAGUAUCCUUGCUUCCUGUCCCAUGUUUCCCCUCUUUUCACCUCCACAUGACAUCGGUAUCUCUGCUGCGGCAUACCCAGAGGUCAUAUGAUAUGACAAAGGCUUCCUUAACAGCUUAUUGUUAUUAAUUUUUAAACCAGAGAAGAGGAUUUUACUUUUCAUCCCACAAACCCCAGAACAAACGCUCUGUGCCUCUGAGUUGUAAUAUGUACACCAUGUCUGUAUUGCCUAAUGCUACAGUGCCUUGCAAAGUAUUCAUCCCCCUUGGCGUGCAACCAAUUACCUUCAGAAGUCACAUAAUUAGUUAGAUUGCACACAGGUGGACUUUAUUUAAGUGUCACAUGAUCUCUGUAUAUAUACACCUGUUUUGAAAGGCCCCAGAGUCUGCAACACCACUAAGCAAGGGGCACCACCAAGCAAGCGGCACCAUCAAGACCAAGGAGCUGUCCAAACCGGUCAGGGACAUAGUUGUGGAGAAGUACAGAUCAGGGUUGGGUUAUAAAAAGAUAUCUGAAACUUUGAACAUUCCACGGAGCACCAGCCAAUGAAAUUGCAGGGCGCCAAAUACAAAUCAACAGAAAUCUCAUAAAUCAAAUGUCCAAAACAUAUAAGUAUUAGGCACCAUUUUAAAGAUACAGUUCUCGUUAAUUCAGCCACAGUGUCUGAUUUCAAAAAUGUUUUACAGUGAAAGCUCCACAAACGAUUAUGUUAGGUCACCACCAACUCACAGAAAAACCCAGCCAUUUUUCCAGCCAAAGAGAGGAGUCACAAAAAGCACAAAUAGAGAGAAAAUUAAUCACUAACCUUUGAUGAUCUUCAUCAGAUGACACAAUACAUGUUUUGUUCGGUAAAGUUCAUAUUUAUAUCCAAAAAUCUUACUUUACAUUGGCGUGUUACGUUCAGUAGUUCCAAAACAUGCAGUGAUUUUGCAGAGAGCCACAUGAAUUCACAGAAAUACUCAUAAUAAAUGUUGAUGAAAAUACAACUAUUAUACAUGAAACUUUAGAUGCACUUCUCCUUAAUGCAACCGCUGUGUCAGAUUUCAAAAAAACUGAAAAAGCAUAAUCUGAGAACGGCGCUCAGAGCCCAAACCAGCCAGAGAAAUAUCCUCCAUGUUGGGUAGUCAACAUUAUUCAUAAAUAGCAUUAUAAAUAUUCACUUACCUUUGAUGAUCUUCAUCAGAAUGCACUCCCAGGAAUUGCAGUUCCACAAUAAAUGCUUGUUUUGUUCGAUAAUGUCUAUCAUUUAUGUCCAUUUAUGUCCAAUAGCUUCUUUUGUUAGGGCGUUUGGUAAACGAAUCCAAAAGCGCGAUCCGGUCCAUUCAGACGAAACGUUCAAAAAGUUAUAUUACAGGUCGAAGAAACUUGUCAAACUAAGUAUAGAAUCAAUCUUUAGGAUGUUUUUAUCAUUAAAGUUCAAUAAUGUUCCAACCGGAGAAUUCCAUUGUCUGUAUAAAAGCAAUGGAACGAGAGCUACCUCUCAAGUGAAAGCGUGUGACUGAGAACGAGGCUGUAGUCAGACCCCUUCGUCAAACAGCUCCCAUCCGGCACCCCUUCACAUGAGAAGCCUGAAACAACGUUCUGAAGACGGUUGACAUCUAGUGGAAGCCUUAGGAAGUGCACAAUAACCCAUAUCCCACUGUGUAUUCGAUAGGGGUGAGUUCAAAAACUACAAACCUCAGAUUUCCCACUUCCUGGAUUUCUCAGGUUUUUGCCUGCCAUAUGAGUUCUGUUAUACUCAGACAUCAUUCAAACAGUUUUAGAAACUUCAGAGUGUUUUCUAUCCAAUACGAAUAAUAAUAUGCAUAUAUUAGCAUCUGGGACUGAGUAGGAGGCAGUUCACUCUGGGCACGCUAUUCAUCCAAAAGUGAAAAUGCUGCCCCCUAUCCCAAACAAGUUUUAACUCCAUUAUUAAAAAAUUGAAAGAAUAUGGCAACUCAACAAACCUGACAAGAAGGCGGCCCACCAAAACUCAUGGACCAAGCAAGGAGGGCAUUAAUCAGAGGCAAUUAAGAGAUCAAAGAUAACCCUGAAGGAGCUGCAACGCUCUACAGGGAGAUUGGAUUAUCUGUCCAUAGGACCACUUUAAGCCAUACACUCCACAGAGCUGGGCUUUAUGGAAGAGUUGCCAUAAAAAAGCAAUUGCUUAAAGAAAAAAAUAACAAACACGUUUGGUGGUCGCCAAAAGGCAUGUGGGACACUCCCCAAACAUAUGGAAGAAGGUACUCUGGUCAGAUGACACUAAAAUGUAGCUUUUUGGCCAUCAAGGAAAACACUAUGUCUGGCACAAACCCAACACCUUUCCUCACCCUGAGAACACCAUCCCCACAGUGAAGCAUGGUGGUGGCAGUAUCAUGCUGUGGGGAUGUUCAAAGUGGUAGGCAUGUUGUGUAAAUCAAAUUAUAUAACACCCCCCCCCCAAAAAAAAACGAAACAAUUUUAAAUCCAGGUUUUAAGGCAACAAAAUAGGAAAAAUGCCAAGGGUGGUAAAUACUUUUGCAAGUCAUUGUAAGAGAAGUGAGUGGAAUUUCUACUAAAAAUGAUUCUUUAAUGAUUUUGUUUGGAUGCAUGCUGUAUUUUCAGUUUAAUGCCACCUGUUUCCAAUACUCUUAUUCACAAUCUGAGACACUUUUGGUUUGCUAUAUAUUAGUGUGUACAUUGCUCUUAGUUUGGUUCACAGGUGGCAUUAUGGUGUUAGAAAAGAUCUCCGGUGCUUUUACUCUUUUCGUCACAUGGUCAAGGAAAAUAUAAUGUAUUUUAAUAUUACGCAAUUGGGCAUUUGCAUAUCAGAAAUUGCUACUUUUUAUUUUCAAAAUAAUUCUGAUGGAUAGUAUGUAGUAAAAUGGAAAUAUUUAAUGACUGGAUGUUUCAACAUAUUAGUAUUUUCUACAUGUUGGCAAAAAGCUUACGCUGUACUGUAGCUGUAUCAGCCAUUUGUAUUUAGACUGAUAGCAUAUUGCCCUAUUGGAUGCUUUUAACAGGAUGUUAUAAAGGUAUUGCAACACCCGUUAGGAUAAUGGCUGUUUGCAAAACAAAAUGCUAUUCAAGGUUCUCAUCUUUAUUCCCAUUUGGACCCCAGGAAGAGUAGCUGCUGCUGCGUUAGUAGCAGCUAAUUGGGACCCUACUGAAUACUAAAUCAUACUGUACAUUUACAUUACGAAAAGUGUUCUGGCAGUACAGUGGAUGGUUUUGUCCCAACUCCUCUAUGGAUUCCUUUCCUUGAUCCCUUACCUUCAUGACCACGAAUCCUUCAUGAUCACGAAUGGCUGAAGGGACUGGAAGGGUUUUCCACCAUGUGGCUUCCCCCCCCCCCAUCUUCUCCUGACGACAGGUCAGUGAUCAUGGAGGGCAGGACAUAAGGAAAGGAAGCUAAGUUGAUAGUAUUGAGACAGUCACUAACUCCGAGGCUCCAUUCAAAGCAGUUAUUUUGUAUCAGACUGCAGCUUUACUAACGUUUGAAAAAAAAAAAGCUCUAGCGAGAGUAAAGAAGUAAUAUAUAUUAAUGAAUGGAACCUAUUUAAUAAGCUUAUUUUAAAUAUUUUUGGGGACAGCUGUAGAAAUAUUUGCAUCAUUACUUGGUUGAUUUGAGUUUUGUAAGUAGCGCUUCUGUGGUCAGCUGUUUAAAUGAAGCACCUUUGUAAAUUGAGUCUUGCGCUUUGUAAAUCGUCAAUCCCAGAGGCACAACCCUGCUUGAAACUGUUAGACCUGUUGAACUGCUCACUCUGACUUCAGUUCUGCAGUUUAAGUGUCCUUUCUCUUAACAAUAAUAAAAAAGAAUAACAAAU